GCGACGCAAGCACUGGUAUGGGACCAGGGGGACUUCUUGCUCGCAUGAUGCACCCAAGGCUUUCCUGGGGCACCGUGCCAUUCUGGCUCAAGCCGUGCCCGAGAGGGGCUUCGCAGACGGUUGGGUUGCAGUCUGGCUUGCGAGUGGGUGGCAUGUCGACCGUGCAUUUGCCUCCGGCCGGCGAGAUCAAGGCCGCGGUGGACGGCGCGCCCACUUCGGGCCCGAAAGCGAGGGAGGGCCGGCGGACACUGAAGCAACUCUCGCAGAGGUGCCCGCAGGUCGAUGCCAGCGAUGAGAACAACUUGCGCCUCGUGGUUGCGAUGAAAAGUCUGGGGGUGACUAACGUGAACCUGUCCACUUUCAAGGACUGGGCGAAGAAGGUGACUGGGUUCGUCACUGACGAACAGAUGGUGUACUUGCAGCCAAAAGCAGAUCUGACACCCACGCCUGCUCAGAGGAAGUGGUUCUCCUGGGUCUGUCACAUUACUUUCUACAGAGAUAGUGCGUUCCUCGGGAGCGGCCUGAGAACGGCCAGGUGUCCGGGGUGGUUUGGGGG